AAAAAUUACGUAGGUAUGACAUUGUUUUCUAUUGCGAUUGCGUGUAAAUCUAUGAAUUUUAUUUAGUGCCUUUUAUGAAAAAAAUACUUUACAACAAUAUGUCUGGAAGUAAUCCAACUCCGAGUGUUACUACAGGCGCUCCAAAUGCUCCUGAUCUUAACGACCUUCCUCCUCCUUAUUCCGCAGUAGUUGGUAACCCACAAUAUGGAUUUGUCGUCCCUCCAGAACAACCGUUCGCACCAGGCCAACAACCCUAUCCACCCAAAACUUUCACUGCUCCUGGGGUGUACCCUCACCCUACUCCCGGAGUGUAUCCUCAUCCAACCGACGUACAAAACCAGCCGCAGAGCAGUGAUUUACUUGGGCCGAGUGUGCCUGUUGGUGUUGUAAUGGCCCCAGCUGUUGGUAGUGACCCCACCACAGUCACAUGUUACAACUGUGGGAAAGUAGUGACAACCAGAGUAACAUACAAAACAGCAUGGCAUACACACCUAGUAGCAGGAUCUAUAUGUGUUAUGACAAUGGUUUGCUCCCUUUGCUGUCUGGGACUGAUUCCAUACUGUUUUGAUACAUUCAAGGAUGCCGAACAUUACUGUCCAAAUUGCAACACAUUUAUUGGAAAGAAUAACAAAUGUUAGUUGCUGUAAUUUACUGUGCCAGUAAGACCUUAUGAUUUAUUUUUUACUUAGUAUUUAUAGAGAGUAAAGAAUCAAUUACUUCAAUGUUUGAGAUGGUGAUUGAUCAUGUUAGUAAAAAAACAUGGGAUUUUUAAAGCCGUAGAAAUAUUGUGUGUGACACAAAGCCAUAAAAUUUAAUAUUAUUUUGUCUUGCUCGAAUACUUUAUUUAUAUC